AUGCCCGCAUUGGCUCAAGACAAGGUUUUGGCGAGAGAUCUGAAGGCUAAGAAGACCAAGUCCAGGAACGGAUGUGGUCGAUGCAAACUCAAGAGGCUCAAAUGUGACGAGACCGCUCCUGGUUGCUUGCAGUGCAAGAAAAGGAACGUCGCGUGUCCUGGCUACGAGAAGACUCUGAAGUGGUCGACAAAGUACGAAGUCUUCAACCCCGCCCAGUCCAAGUCGGCGUCCCCUAGACCCAGGUCAACACCCGACGCCACCUCUACCACUUCACCCGCGGCGAAGUCACCCCUUCCCCAGAACGUCGCCAGUGGUAUCGAGGCUGCGUUGGCUGCUGUCCUCCCUGCAGGCAGGAAGAACUCCCCUCCCACACAACAACCCUUGACAACACAGGCCUCAUCAGCAGUCCCGUCCCCACCAAGCUUCGAGGAACCAGCCUCAAUACAAGAGUCUUCUACCGAGGAUGGUGACUCCCCUCGUGAAUACGAGCCUUUCCCCAUGGAGGAUGUCAACAACAUGGAUCCCAUCAUGCUUGACGGAUUCGUUGACGCUAUCCAAAUGCCCAACGAAGACUUCAACUUUGAUCCAUUCGACAACAUCGACUUCGACUCUGGCUCACUGGAGGACCUUCAAUUCGACAUGCAAGACCUUUCACAGAAGCAAGACAUGAAUUCUACUUCGUUACCUGUUAUGGACCGGGAACAGAACCGAGAGUCUAGCCCCAGGCUCUCGCGAUCGUUGCUUCUUGACUUGUAUCGUCUUCCAAGUCCUUCUCCAGACCCAUCCUCUCCGGAUGAUGUGGAGUCACUGCUCGUCCAGCACUACUUCAAGGACGUCUGCGCUGUGUUUUCUUCUUUCGAUUCUGUUCUUAACCCUUUCCGGACUACCAUUGGCCGCAUCUACAAGGACUGCCCUUCCAUUAAUUACGCGAUCCAAUCCAUGGCUGCCGCACAUCUUGCCAACACAUUCCCCAAUAUGGCGGCAACCGGCCUUGAGCUACAGCGCAAGGCACGCGAGGCACUGGAGCUGGAGCUUCCGCUUGCCCAGAGGGAUCACACGAGCGCGACCAAGACGUUCUUGAGCAUCAUGCUACUUGGUCUCACCACCUCGUGGCACGACAGCAACGCGCUCGGACUCGAGUACUUGUCUAUCGCGCGAGACCUCAUCCUCCCCAAGCUCUUCAGUAGGUCGGGCGGCAUUGAGGUCGAGCGCGAGGCACAGUUCUUCGAGGAGUCUUUGAUCCACUGGGAGAUGCUCAUGGGCUUCGUAACAGAAGAUGCCAUGAGCUUCUCGCCCAAGUCAGGAUUGCGACCUCGCAUCGCCGCCAGGACGAACACUCCUGCUGCGCGUGGGCCCCAAGGAAAGACAGUCCCUCAUCCCUGGACAGGCAUCGCCCCGAUGAUCCACUUCCUGUUCGCCGAGGUUGGUCGUCUAGUUCGCAAGGAGCGUUCGAUGGACCGCGAAAACUCCAUGGACCUCCGCCGACGUCAAGAGAACCUUCAGAACGCCGCCUCACUGGAAGAGGACCUCCUAGCUGUUGACUACCCAUCCGUCGAUCAGGUCAUCGACACUGGUGAUGAGCGUACCCCCAAGGAACACUUCGUCACCAUCGCCGAGGCCUACCGUCUGUCUGGCUUGCUGGAGAUCUACCGUGUCUUCCCUUCCAUCCUGCGCAAGCGCUUGGGAUCCGGCAAGACCAAGGGUAGCGAGAACAUCGAGUUCGCCUUCCCUACGCCGCGAUUCGAGACAGUCUACGAGGCUACCGACAUCAAGCUGUGGCUCAACUCACUUGCCAUGCACAUCAUCCGGUCACUCGAGUCUCUGCCUUCCUCGUCUGGUACAUUCUGCAUCCAGCCGCUUCUGCUAGUUGUGUGUGCCUCUGAGUUGAAGUUCGUCUCAUCGAUUGACUUCUUCGACGUGCAGGCCAACGACGCAGAGGUCGUCGCCGCUCGUGAGUUCGUCAUCAGGCGCUUGCAAGAGUUCGCUCUUAGGCUUCCCAACAAGCCUCUUCGCAAGAUGAUCCAGCUCAUCAAGGAGACCUGGCGCCAGUCUGACGAGGGCCAAGACGCGUUCUGGAUUGACGUCAUGAACGAUAAGGGCUACCACACCAUCAUGUGA